CCUAAAUCCCAAUUUGGUGUUUCGAUUGACAGAGAGUAGGGUUUUUCCAAGCACAUCCUCCUCCUAAAUCCCAAUUGUUCUCUUCUACGUAGCAAUUAGCUCGAGCUAGGUUUCAAUUUUACAGUGAUUGAGCAAGUAAAUCGAUAGGGGAGAAGAAAUCGGAGAUGGGUGCACCAAAAAAGGGUGCAGCUAGGGUUACAGAGGACCCAGAGGAAUUGACCAGAACUCCAUUGCAGGCCAUUCUACUCGCAGAUAGCUUCGCCACCAAGUUUCGUCCUAUCACUCUUGAACGCCCCAAAGUUCUAUUGCCGUUGGUGAAUGUUCCUAUGAUAGAUUAUACAUUGGCAUGGCUUGAAUCUGCUGAGGUUGAAGAAGUUUUCGUUUUCUGCUGUGCACAUUCUAAGCAAGUAAUUGAUUAUCUAGAGAACUCUGAGUGGUUUGACCAACCAAACUUCAGGGUCACCACGAUAGAGUCCCACAAUUCUGUUGGUGCAGGAGAUGCUUUACGGUUGAUUUAUGAUCGUCAUGUUAUACAUGGGGACUUUAUCCUUAUUAGUGGAGAUACAGUGAGCAACAUGUCACUUACACAGGUGCUCCAGGAACAUAAGGAGAGAAGAAAAAAAGAUACUAAUGCUGUGAUGACAAUGGUUAUCAAGCAGUCGAAGGCAUCUCCAAUCGCUCACCAAUCACGACUUGGUACUGAGGAACUUUUUAUGGCGAUUGAUCCCAAUACUAAGCAGCUUCUGUAUUAUGAGGAAAAGGCAGACCACUCAAGAGGGACCAUAUCCCUUGAUUGUUCGUUGCUCGCUGAUAAACCUUCCAUAACUUUGCAUAAUGACAAGCAGGAUUGCUAUAUUGAUAUAUGCUCCCAAGAAGUUCUUACUGUUUUUAAGGACAAUUUUGACUAUCAGCAUCUUCGCCGCCAUUUUGUCAAAGGAUUGCUUAUGGAUGAUAUCACGGGUUACAAAAUAUUCAGUCAUGAGAUCAACUCGAGCUACGCAGCUAGGAUUGAUAAUUAUCGAAGUUAUGAUACCAUCAGCAAGGACAUAAUUCAGAGGUGGACAUAUCCAUAUGUUCCAGAUGUAAUAUUUUCCGGAAAUGAUGCAGCUAAACUUGAAAGGCAGGGGAUGUAUCGAGCAUCAGAAAUAGAGCAAUCACGCUCUGCAAAAAUUGGUCCUUUUACCGUUAUUGGAAAGGGUACGAGAAUAGGGAAUGACGUCAAAAUUGCAAACUCAGUUGUCGGAAAUGGAUGUAAAAUUGGGUCAAAUGUCGUCAUAGAAGGUUCAUAUAUUUGGGAUAAUGUCAUCAUUGAAGAUCACUGUGAGCUAAGGCAUGCAAUAGUAUGCAGCGGGGUUACAAUGAGGUCAGGAGCAGUUUUGGAACCUGGUGUUGUAUUGUCUUUCAAGGUUAUAAUAGGCCAAAAGUUUGUCGUCCCUGCUUAUUCAAAGGUGUCUUUACUUCAGCAGCCAAUUGAGGAAGAUAGUGAUGAAGAGCUUGAGUAUGCAGAAAAUAGCAGUGGAACUGUAGAUUCAUUGAUCACAGGUGCAGUAGAUAAGUUAAAUGGAGUGAUGACGCCUGCAGCUGAGGUUGGUGAUGGUGGAGCUGGCUAUAUCUGGUCAAUAUGCGAAGGAGGUCAUGAGGAGGAAUGGAGGCAUUCAAUUGCCCCCAUUCCUGCUGAUAAACUUGCUGAGGCUAUACGGGCAAUACAUGAUGAUCUUGAAUUGUUAAAUCACGAUGGUAAUGCUCUCUCGUCAUCUGGGGAGGUCAAAUGUGAGUUGGACAGUGAUGAUUCUGAAGAUGAUGAAGAUCCUAGAGAUUUCGAGCAAGAGGUUGAAGCAACUUUCCAGAGGGCUGUUCUUGAAAACAUUGAAGUAGGACAUGUGAUCCUAGAAGUUAACUCAUUGCGGUUGGCAUACAACAUGAACUCAGAUGAUUGUGCUGGAGCACUAUUUUAUUCAAUGAUGAAAUUGGCACUAGAAAACAGUUCUGGGGGUGAAUUGCUUAAAAAUGCUGCUAAUGUUAUAAGUACGUGGCAGAAACUGCUGAAGUCCUACCUUCGAGAAAUAGAUGAGCAGAUAGAAGUGUUACAAAAAUUGGAAGAAAUGUGUCUGGAAUCUGCUAAGGAGUUUGCACCAUUGUUUGCACAGAUCUUGCAUUAUCUAUAUGAAAAAGACCUUAUAGCAGAAGAAGCUAUAUUGAGGUGGGCUGAUGAAAAGAAAGAUGCUGAUGAAUCAGAUAAAGUUUUUGUGAAGCAGUCAGAAAAAUUUAUUCAGUGGUUGAGAGAGGCUGAUGAAGAAGAAGAAGAAGAAGAUGAUGAUGUAGAAGAUGAUUGAGACUCAAAAACUUUGUGUUCUGCCUUUUUGCUGUGCAAUCUUUAUUUUGUGCAUACCACUGCCAAAUGUUGUAAAUGGUCCUGUUAUGCUUUACCAAUUACCACCUGUUUUAGCGUAAACUGGUAAAGUUACUGAGAAGGUGGAGUGGGCGAGCAAGCUAACCUUGAAGACAUAAGGCGGCAUAUGCCUUCACAGCAAAAGCCAACGCUACCACAUUUACCUGGUCCACCUCUCGGUGGUGGUGCCCACCUGGUGGCGUAUCUCUCCUCCUCUAUGAGACGCCAUAAUCUUUUGAGCCGGUUCAUUGAGAGGUUCUCAGACUCACUGUGUACUUGUGUAAGCCAUAACUCUAAGAGUGUCAAGUCUAAUUAAGUUGAGUUGAUUUGAAUUA